CUCUCCGCCGGGCGCGCGGCCAUGGCGCGGAAAUGGAGCCUUCCUCUGCUCCUAGUGCCGCUCCUGCUCGGCCCAGGCCUCGCGCGCAGUUCCAGCCCUCUGCCCCUGGUCCUCAACACUUGGCCCUUUAGGAACGCGACCGAAGCAGCGUGGAGGACGUUAGCAUCUGGAGGCUCUCCCUUGGAUGCAGUUGAGCAGGGCUGUGCUGUGUGUGAGAGGGAACAGUGUGACGGUACCGUGGGCUUUGGAGGGAGUCCUGAUGAACUUGGAGAGACCACACUGGAUGCCAUGAUCAUGGACGGCACUACAAUGAACGUAGGAGCAGUGGGAGGUCUCAGACGAAUUAAAAACGCUAUUGGUGUGGCACGGAAAGUUCUGGAACAUACAGCACACACGCUUUUAGUGGGAGAGUCAGCCACCAAGUUUGCUGAGAGUAUGGGCUUUAUCAGUGAGGAUUUAUCUACCAAUACUUCCCGAGCCCUUCAUUCAGAUUGGCUUUCUCGGAAUUGCCAGCCAAAUUACUGGAGGAAUGUUGUGCCAGAUGCUUCAAAAUACUGUGGACCUUACAAACCACCUAGUAUCUUAAAGCAAGAUGGUCCUACCUAUAAAGAAACAGGAGAUAAUUACAGUCAUGAUACAAUUGGCAUGGUUGUAGUCCAUAAGAUGGGGCGUACUGCUGCUGGUACAUCUACAAAUGGUAUAAAAUUCAAAAUACAUGGUCGAGUCGGAGAUUCACCGAUACCUGGAGCUGGUGCCUAUGCUGAUGAUACCGCAGGAGCAGCCGCGGCCACUGGGGAUGGGGACAUCCUGAUGCGCUUUCUACCAAGCUACCAGGCUGUAGAGUAUAUGAGAGGAGGAGAAGAUCCAACCGUAGCUUGCCGGAAAGUGGUUUCAAGAAUUCAGAAGUAUUUUCCAAACUUCUUUGGGGCUGUGAUAUGUGCCAACGUGACCGGAAGUUAUGGUGCCGCUUGCGGUAAACUUGCAACCUUUACUCAGUUUAGUUUCAUGGUUUAUAAUUCUCUAAAAACUCAGCCGAGUGAAGAAAAAGUAGACUGCAUCUAAUCCUUCUCGUCUGUCACCAUCUCUGUUUAAAGAAGAAAGAAACAAAGGCUGAAGAGGUCACGCACCGUCCUCAGCUCACGUGCCUCGUGUAUCCUACCUUCUCUGUGUAAGAGAAGCGCAAAAAUAAACGUGCUCUGAAUUAGCACUUGCGGUUUCUA